AUGGCUGAUCCAUCUACUGAGAGUGAUAUUCCAGAAGGCGUCGAGGUUCGUAAACUGUCCGAGCUGCGAGUUAUUGAUUUGAAGGCCGAGUUGAAGAAACGAAACCUAGAUACCACCGGCGUCAAGAGCCUGCUGUCGGAGCGUCUGAAAAAGGCUAUCGAGGAUGAGGGCGGAAACCCUGACGCAGUUGUUCUUUCAUCGGAGUCUGGGCCGAAGAAGUCGACGCCGAGACGUUCAGUGAAAGAUGCACUUGGGUAUGAGGAACAAGAGGACAGCAAUUUGGAAGAUGACUCCCAUGACGGUCAUGAUGAACAUGAGAACAUGCAGGAGAUGGAUAUCCUUGACAUGAAUGUCCUGGACGAGGCUGACAAUGGAUUGCCAGACCAGGAUAUGGAUGAUUUGGGGAAUUUAAUUGAUGAAGACGCACACCUGGAGGGUGAUAAUGAUGACGACGUAACCAUCGAUUCCGAAGAUGAAGCGAGACAUUUGGAUGACUCUAGGGGCCUGGAAGAUGAAGAUAUGUUGUGUUCGUCAAUUUAUACUGCAGAGGCUGAGAAACUGCUAGCAGAAACAGAACAUGACAAAGUAGCUGGGUCUUGUUUAUCUGAGCCGCUUAUCGAAGACCACCACCCGAGCCAUGAGAUGAGCACCGAUGAAGAACCGGCCCCAUCCGCCAGCGGGGAAGACAAUGUGUCAGGCGACACGGGAGCCAAAGCCGACGCGGAAAGUGACCGGGAUGAAAUGGACGUCGGGGAUGCGGAGAAGGCCCCAGAAGAGACAUUGGACAAUGAAAAGCGCUCGCAAGCGAUUAGUGAAAGUGAACAGGACGUUGGGGUUGUAACUGUUGGGUCACAAUUGGGGUCAAAGAAGGGUGAUGAGGAUGAGAAGACAGAAGACAAUGCGACUGCGGAUUCGGCCUCUGCUGGGAAAGAGUCGUCCUCUGUAGAGGGCGAAGAUCAAAACAAGAGUUCUGAAGACAAGGACAAGGACGAGUCAAAGGGUGAUGGUUCUACUGGCAGCAGGAAUCUGUGGGUCAGCGGGCUUGCUUCCACAACCAGGGCGACCGAUCUUAAGGCACUUUUCAGCAGGCUUGGCAAGGUUGUUGGCGCCAAGGUGGUUACCAACGCCAAGAGUCCCGGUGCCCGCUGUUAUGGCUUCGUCACAAUGUCCUCUAUGGAAGAGGCCGCCAAGUGUGUCAGCCACCUUCAUCGCACAGAGCUGCACGGCAAGAUGAUCUCUGUUGAGCGGGCUAAAAAUGAGCCAGCGGGCAAAAAGCCAGCCGACAAGAACGACUCAAAGAAGGGAGGCGGUGAGCGAAGACACUCCACCGACUCCAAGUCAGGAAAGGAAGCAGGCGAUGGGAAGGAUGGUAAAGGGGACGAGAGGACCGUUGUCAUGGACAAGUCUAAGGGCGAGCCUGUCAUCAGCGUCAAAUCCAAAAGCAAAGAGCGCAGCUCCAAGAGUCAGGACCGCAAAUCGUCCAGCAAGGAGAGGAAGGACAUUCUGUCCUUUGACCAGAUCAAGGAGCAACGUGAGCGUGAGAGGCAGAGGCAACGUGAGCGCGAUAUGCGAGAGGUGCAGAGACGCAGAUACAACAAUCGCGGCAUGGACAACCGCUCGGAGCGUGAGCGAAUCCGUAUGUUCCGUGAGAAAGAGGAACGGACUCAUUUGAUGAAGAGGAGACAAAUGCUCGAGGUUGAGCGGGAGCGUCUGGAUGCGGACCGCAUGGAGCGACAGUUCCUGGAGCGCGAAAGGAUGCGCAUAGAGUAUGAACGGCGCCGGGAGCAGGAGCGCAUCAUGAGGGAGCGCGAGGAGCUCCGCAGGCAGCAGGACCAGCUGCGCUACGAGCAGGACCGACGCCCCAUGAAGAGGCCUUACGAUAUGUAUGGCAGGAAGGACGACUGGCCUGACAAGCGCAUGAACUUGGAUGACCGGUACAACCGCUCAGACUUCGGCCGGCAGGAUCGCUAUCAGGACUUUGACCACAGGGAGCGAGGGCGCUUCCAGGACGACAUGAGAGGCGGCGGCCGUGGCAUGGGUGGCGAUGGUCCGAAUUUCAACGAAAGACACGGCCGUGACUCAUGGGGCGGCGGAGGCUACGAUAAGCGAAUGAACAGGGACGGAGGCCGAGACUGGGACUCUGGUCGAAAGAUGGAUGGUGACCGGCCGUGGCAAGGCAUGGGUGGACGCGGAGGCAUGGGAGGUCGUGGAGGCUUCAUGAAUUCUUCCCAGUCUCUCUCAAACGCGCUCAACCGACAAAACCAAACGAUGCAAGGCGGAGCGCAGGGCGGAGCCUUCAAUCGACGAUUCUGA